AUGCAACUCCAGUUCUACACGAAACCAGAUUGCCCGCUCUGCGACGAGGCAAAGGCAGUGCUGCAAAGCACCAGAGCAAAGGCAUCGUUUAUUGCAAUAGAAGAAAUUGACAUCACGAAGAAUCUGGGACUAUUCACGAAAUAUAAGCAUCUGAUUCCUGUGCUUGAGUUGGAUGGGCAAAGACUCUUUGCGCAUCACGUCACCCGCUGGAAAUUAAUCUGGCAGUUGCGAUGGCAUCGGUUUUGGAGGUCCUUAACGAAGUUUUCAAGCUGA